AUGAAUCCGCAAGAUCACCAUUCCAUUGACAUCCCUUCCUUGGCGCAAGAACUGAGACAGGAGCUCGCCACCGUGAAACCGUCGUCGCCGGUGCAGUUCGGUGGCGGCGCUGCUGCGCGGCCGAUUAUCAUCGUCGACAAGGUCGGUGAACUGACCCGCAACGUUGACACGGCAAAGUACGAGUACGAUCCGCAACACAUCUCCAUUGGACCGUACCACCGUACCGGUGAACUCGUCAGGGACGCCGACAAGGUGAGUUACCUUCACGACGUGCUCUCGCUGGCGGCCGCCACGAACUCCGGCGCGUAUCUGGAGCUAGAGGACUACCUCACCGAGCUGGCGCUCAUGGAGGGCCGCGCGAGGAGCUGCUACGCCCAUUCGUUCAACAUACCGAGCAAGGAGUUCGUGCGCAUGCUGCUGCUCGACGCCUGCUUCAUCCUCUUCCGCUUCGGCGACGUCGUCAGGCACAGGGAAGAGGAGCCCCCGGCGAACGGCCCGGUGCAGACAGCUGCGGUGGCCGCCGUCGACCGGCGGGAGGACGUCGCGGUGGUGCGCGACGUGUUCUACCUUGCGGAGAACCAGAUUCCGUUCUUCGUCGUCGACAAGAUCCACCAGCUGGCCUUUCUUGACAGCAAGGCUCCAGCGUUGGAAGCCGUCGCAAGCUACGCACAUAAACUCCUGCGAGGGCCACAGUACUCGGUUGCGACGCCAACCGUGGUGGAGCCGCCGGCACGGACGCCGGAGGCAGCCAAUCUUCUCCACCUACUGCACAUGCACUUCACUCCGAGCACACCCCUGCCCGUGCCGGGGGGCGGAAGGCCCGUGGGCCGGUGGCGCACGGCGACAGACUACUACUUCGCCGGCGUGACGUUCAGGAAGCGGGUCCUCUCCCGAGUGGGUGCCGCGCCCGCCCGCUGCAUCCUCGACGUGAAGGUGGACAGCGGCGGCGGCACGCUGGAGGUGCCCCAGCUGAACAUCGACGCCCAGACGUGGCGGCUGCUCCCCAACAUGAUGGCGAUGGAGCAGCGCAACCCGGUGGUGUCCGGGAGCCACGUGACGGUGUACUGCGUGUUCAUGACGCAGCUGGCGUGCACGCCCAGGGACGUGGAGCUUCUGGUGCGGCGGGGAGUCAUCGUGCACGGGCUCGGCAACCAUGGCGAGGUCUCGCAGUGCUUCGCCGACCUGUGGAAGGGCGGCGUGUUCGACGUGAACGAUGCCAACCAAAACUACCUGAGGACGGUGUGCCAAACGCUGGAGAGGCGGUUCUGCAGCCGGCGAUGGCGGUGGUUGGCGUGGCUGAAGCAGAACUACUUCACCAACCCGUGGCUCGCCGCCGGCCUCGUGGCGGCGGCCGUCGGGCUCGUCUGCACCGUGAUCCAGGCGGUUUACACCGUUCUGAGUUACACAAAAGGAAGGAACUAG